AUGGCAGAUCAGCAGCCAAGCACUCACACCUCGUCUCAGAUCAUGUACCUGGAGCCAGCAACAAACAACCGUUCAAGCACUGCCUUAUCAUUCUUUCUCCAGUCUGUGCAAAAACAUGGCUGGCCUUCAAGGGUCCGGGGUGAUGAAGGUGUGGAAAAUGUGGCAGUUGCAGAAACCAUGUUUCGUGUGAAAGGGACUGGAAGAGGAAGCUUCAUUGCUGGGAAAAGCGUACAUAAUCAGAGAAUUGAACGCCUCUGGCGAGACGUCUGGGUCAGCGUAACACAGCUGUAUUACGAAAUACUUCACAGCCUUGAGGAAGAUGGCUUGUUGGACUUGUCAGAUUCCCUUCAUUUGUUUUGUGCACAUUAUGUCUUCCUCCCACGUCUGAAGCGUGACCUCCACAGUUUUUCUGAAGGCUGGGACAAUCAUCCAUUACGGUCUGAAAAUGGGCUUACCCCUAACCAGAUGUGGAUAAUGGGACACAUGCACACCUCAUCUGGAGACAAUGAAGAGAGUUUUCAGAAUUUGGAACUGUUUGGAACAGACUGGGAGACGUUUGAUAGUGUGACAGAAGAUGAUGUUGGAGUUCAUGUUCCAGAAAUUGAGUGCCCACUCACUCCUGCUCUGAUGGAAACCGUAAAAUCCAUCUUUAAUCCUCUUGCAACAUCUGACUGUUAUGGCAGAGAUAUUUAUACAUCUUUGGUUCAAUAUUUUGAAAGUCUUUGA